UCGAAAUCUGGCUGGAGGAGUCUGCCGAAGACUUUCGUCAAGUUCCCACUUACUCUUGUCUCCGGAAGGUACUUUCCUAUUUGAACCAGACAGUGCCGGGGUCAGAUGCUGAACAACAGGCCCAGAAGCUCCUGAGUCAGUUUUUGGUGGAGGAAACAGCGGAGAAAGAGAUGUUCAAAGGCUACCGUAGAAGAGUUAGAUUCUAUGUGGGAGAAGAACACGACCAAACCAUCGAACAAGUUGACGAAAAGCUCCUGUCCUACCCAUCACGCUUCAUUGCAGAGCAGCUGACUUUUAUGGAUACUGAUCUUUUUGUAAAACUUGUGCCCAGCCAAUGUUUGGGGUCCAUCUGGUCUCAACAAGGGAAGAAAGAAAAACAGCAUCUGCUAUCAACUGUCCAGGCCACCAUUACACAGUUCAAUAAUGUUAGAAAAUUUGUCACCAGCACCAUAUUAAAACCUCAACAGCAGAAACCAAGGCAGAGAGCUAAAAUCAUAGAGAAAUGGAUUGAUGUUGCCCAGAUGUUUGCUCCAGGAUUUCCACUGUCCUUCUGUCACAUUUUGUUUAUUGUGUUUUGUGACCAACCCACCAUCUGA